GAUUUCGCCAACCAAGUCUAUUGGUGGAAGGAUUACACCGCUGCAUGCAAGUUGGCCCGGAAGCCAAAGGGGCUUUAUGCUUCUCCGGAGAUUGGCGAAUACAUGGCAGGCCAGGACACCGUGUCACCGAAGUACCGGGUGGCUUCCCUGUUUAGUGGGGUGCUUGGCCUGGACCUGGCCUUCCGACCGUUACAG